UGUUAGCACAGCUUCUGUCAUAACUGAGCAAAUCCAUGAGUAGUUAUCCUCAAAUGUGACAACUAGCGAAUUUUGCACUGAGUAAGACUUAUUCAUAAUCUGUUUUUCAUUUAAAACGUCUUGAAUACAUCUUCAAAUACUAUACUUAUUAGCCAGUAAAAUGAUACAACAGGUCUAUACAACAUCCGUACGUGGAUCGUUUUGUUGGCUAAGAAGUUUAUGGAAAUGUAUUUAAGACGACCUUAAACAUAAGAACAGACUAUGAACAAACUUUAGUGUGCACUCACUAGUGCAAGCGGCCGAAUUCGCCACAACUUCAUUAGAAAAAUAGUUCUCCAACCGUUUUGCUCUCGACUGUACAUACAAAGCUAAGAAAAAAAAGAACAGCAAAGUCGAAAACACUCUCGAUCCUGUUUUCUGCUUAAAUUACAAGUGUCAAGAUGCGAGCUGAAGAAACGUAAAAAUUUUCCGUUCAAUUCCGUCCGGUGGAUCUCGGUGGAAAGUUUCCACGCUAGCUCGCGACACUCUUCUAUCCUCCGUGAUUUGUGCAUUAUCGCGAAAAUAGCUGUUAUUGCGAAAGAUGUCUCACCUGUCGAGAGGAUUCCGGUGUCAAAGAGCUCAGCUAACCGUUCUGCGCGACAGGAGGAUGAAUUGCAUCACACGCGGCGAUGGAAAGGCUAACUUCGGAACGGGAGAACGGCGCAUAUUGACGAGCGAUGAACGUAAAAUCUGUCGUCUCAAGACGAGCAGGACGAGAGGAGAGCCCAGCACGAGCGAGAACCUGAAGGAAGCUCUGAGCGAAAAGAUCCCCCUGUAUCACGAUCUCCUGAGGAGUUUCCGACGUCAUCACGGCCCGAGUAUCAUCAGUCACAUCACGGUCGACGACUUGUACGGUGGAUUAAGCGGCGUGAAAACUAUCGUCAGGGAGACCUCGGAAAUCGACCCUAAGCGCGGCAUUGUAUAUCGUGGACUGACUAUACCGGAAGUGAUCGCCCUGCUGCCUCGUCGAGGAGGCUCGCCGAGCGCGGAAGCCGUUUUCUGGCUACUCUUAACCGGUGACGUUCCGACGCAGCAGCAGACGGCGUCGCUGAUCGCCGACUGGACGUCACGACGUGAAAAAUACGUCGAGUGGUGGUCAGGACCACGGGGCGAGAGGGUGGUUUCCGUGCUGCGUUCUCUACCCGAGACAAUUACGCCCUUAGGCAGAUUGUCGGUCGCACUCACGAUUCUCGACGUCAGCAAGUACGCGAAGGAGGCCAAGAGACACGGCGCUAUGCCGCACACUUAUUGGGAGUAUAUAUAUGAAGACAGUAUGGAGUUCCUAGCAACGUUACCAGCGAUUAUCGGUCUGGUUGCAAAGGGACAAAUAACGACAAACGUGAGCAGUGACAGUGAUUGGGUGCAAUUCUUAUUGGAAUGUUUGACUAACGUGAUAGAGAACUUCGACAGCCGAAAAUCGUUGAUCGCUGACUUUCUCAGGCUGUACGUCACUUUGAACGCUGACGACGAUGGCGGAGCUCCCGCCGCGCAUAUCACGCAAAUUUUAGGAUCGACCGACCUCAAUAUAAACGAGGUAUUGGCGAGCAGCGCUUUGGCGUGCGCAAAGGAGCCUGCGAGCGGUACUAUGCUAGAGUGGGAAGAAUUGCAAAUGAAGAUUAGAAACGCGCUCGGUCAAACGUGGACGGAACAUUCUUUGAUAGAUCGCGUGCUGAAUUUGUGCGACAAGGACACAUUGGUAGGACACAGAAAAGCGGAAUGUUGCGAUCCGCGUUACACGGCCCUAUUGAAUUACGCCAAGCAAUAUUUGCCAGAUAAUCCCGAAAUAAAGUUUUCGCAGGAUAUCACGCGAAUACUGAGAUCAACGACGAACAGAUCAAACGGAAAAGAUAUUUGCCCGGAACAAAGCGUGAUAGCCGCGCCUAUUUUCCAGUCCUUAGGAUUGAAAGACAUGAGGCUCAAUCAAACGAUACUUUACAUGGCGCGAACCCUGGGAGCGAUCGCCUCGAUUAUCUGGUCGAAAGUUGUAAAUGCGCCCGCCGAGCAUCCGGUAUCCAAGUGCACUCAUGGCUACAUAGAGAAGAUACAUGAUAGAAAGAGGAAGCGACAACACAGAACGCACUUGCGAAAGUAA